GUAGUCCGAACUCGGUAUAUCGAAGUUGUGAUAAAAACCAAAGUUAUUCAUAAAAUAAAAGAAUAAAAGUAUUUGUAAAAUCAUUUAAAUCUAUUUAAGCAAAUAUGUUGCAAUAUGAAUCAACACCGUACAUUUUCAACUUAUUAUUUGACAUAAUCUUUAAGGCGCCGAUUUAUGUCAUUUUCCUUGAGGGUUUCUUGCUUUUAAUGGUCAUAUGGGUUCUUAUUCAUAAACAAACUAAUGGAAGUCGAAAAUUAACAGAGGAACAAAAGAAAGAAAUCAUCAAAAACUGGAAACCGGAACCACUUGUUCCUGAAGUUGACGAAAAUGAUCCAACACUGAAAACGAGAACCGUUGAAGGGCCCAUAGGCAAAUAUAUAUUUGUAGAUGGUCAUAAAUGUCUUAAUAUGUCAACAUUUAAUUAUUUGGGUCUGGAAGAAUAUCCACAAAUCAAGAAAAGUGCCAUUGAAACUAUACGAAAGUAUGGAGUUGGAAGUUGCGGUCCGAGAGGAUUUUAUGGAACGCUUGACGUUCAUUUGGAACUUGAAGAACGGUUAGCAAAAUUUAUGGAUCAAGAAGAAGCUGUCGUGUAUUCAUACGCGUUCUCAACAAUAGCAAGUGCCAUUCCAGCUUAUAGCAAACGAAACGACAUAAUAUUCGCAGAUGAAUGUGUUAAUUUUGCCAUUCAGAAAGGUAUUGACGCUUCACGAAGCAAAGUCGUUUAUUUCAAACACAAUAACAUGCGAGACCUUGAAGAAAAACUCAUUGAACAACAUAAAAUGGAUGUGAAGAAGCCACAAAAGGCGGCUAAGAUGAGAAGAUUUCUCGUUGCUGAGGGAAUUUACUUGAAUACUGGAGAAAUGUGUCCAUUACGUGAAUUGGUGCAACUGAGAAGUAAAUACAAGUUGAGAAUGAUAUUAGAUGAAAGUGUUUCAUUCGGCACGAUUGGAAAGCAUGGACGUGGCUUAACUGAGUUUUUGGGCGUCGAUAAGACUGAAGUUGAUCUGAUUUCAGCGAGUUUAGAAGCGUCAGUCGAAUCUGUUGGUGGGUUUUGUGUUGGCACGCACUUCAUUGUCGAGCAUCAAAGAUUAUCGGGACUUGGUUAUUGUUUUUCUGCUUCUCAACCCCCUCUCUUAACUCAAGUGGUAAUCACAGCUCUUGACAUCUUCGAGAAAGAACCAAAGAUCUUUAAAGACCUCAAUGAAGUCUGUGAAAAAGUUGAUAAGAAAUUCAAAGAACUCUCAAGAUUUCUUUUGCGUGGCCAUCCAAUUUCUCCAAUUAAGCAUCUCUACCUCAAAGACGAUAAAACGUCAAGUGAAACUGAUGAAAUAUUGCGGAAGAUUUCCGACCAGUGCAUUAAAAUGGGAUUAGCAAUCGUACCUUGCGCUUAUCUACCGAUUGAGAAGUUUCCUCAAAAACCAAGCCUUCGCGUGGCUGUUAAUCGUCUUUUAUCCAAUGAAGAAAUUACGAAAGCAUUCAACAUUCUGCAACGAGCAUCGUAUGAAAUCAAAUAAAUCAAAACUUUUUCUUCUUUUUUUAAUAUCUAAGCUGCAAUCACCGCCGGUAGUUAAUAAAAACGCUUCAAAAGGAAUUGUAAUCUCAUGGAAAAUAAAACAAACAAAAACAAGCUUAAA